GAAUCCCGCGCGCAGGCGCCCUUGCGCUAGGGAGGGCGCCUAGGCCGCAGCCGCCAAGCCGUCCCCAUGACAACUACGUUUCCGCCCUGGUUUUUUUAUCCCACAUCGCCAUUUCCGAUUCGUUGUCACCCCCCAAGGAUGUAGUUUAGGCCAAUGGAAAAGCAGCACGCUUUGGGGGUGGGCUUUUUCUUUUUUUGGCCAAAUGGAAUCCAGUUUCGGAUCCAGUUCCAGCCAAUUACGCACGAUGAGGCGGAGCAAAGGAAGAGCGAGGUUUGUCUGUAGGCGGGGUCAGCGCAGAGACCUCAAGAUGGCAACUGCAACAAGAUAUUCUUUGCCUUAUGAACAGAUCUGGGAAGACCCUAAAGUCCAUGAUGAGGAAUGGAGUCAGAGGAUCAGGAUGAGGGUAUCGGAUUCAGCACGAAGGUAUGGUUCAUUUCACACAGAGAGGCAAGAGCUGGAAGAGCUGGGUGAGAAGGAUGUGUCCGACUUAGAGUUCCUUUCAAGUGGCCUGGAAAGAGAGGAAAGCGCAUUGGACGCCACGGAUCAGGAAACAGCGGUGUGUGAAGAAGAGAGCAGAAAAAUUUUGUGCUCCGGGUCCAACACCGCUGUGAAGAAGAGAAAGAAGAAAAGGAGACCAGUGAUAAAUCUGACCAACUGCAAGUACGAGAGUGUGCGACGGGCUGCUAUGAUGUGUGGCCUCCGGGAGGCAACUGAAGUUGAUGAUUGGACUCUGUAUUGGACAGAUUUUUCUGUCUCACUGGAACGGGUGCUAGAAAUGAAAACUUACCAGAAAAUAAACCAUUUCCCUGGGAUGUUGGAAAUCUGUAGGAAGGAUCUUCUGGCCAGGAACAUGGGCAGGAUGCUAAAGCUUUUUCCGAAGGAAUUUAACUUCUUUCCCAGGACCUGGUGUCUUCCUGCUGACUAUGGAGAACUGCAAGCAUUUGGCAGGUCAAAAAAACACAAAACCUACAUCUGUAAGCCAGACUCUGGUUGUCAAGGCAGAGGCAUUUUUAUCACAAGAUCUGUGAAAGAUAUCAAACCUGGAGAGGAUAUGAUCUGCCAGCUCUAUAUCUCAAAGCCUUUCAUCAUUGAUGGCUUCAAAUUUGACCUUCGGAUUUAUGUGCUGGUAACAUCAUGUGAACCGCUACGGGUUUUUCUUUAUAAAGAGGGCCUAGCGCGCUUUGCGACGUCUGCCUACUCGGACCCACCACACAGCAACUUGGACGACGUCUGUAUGCACCUGACUAAUUAUUCAAUUAACAAGCACAGCGCUAAUUUUGUACGAGACGCAGACUCCGGUAGCAAGAGGAAGUUGUCCACCUUUAAUGAGCACAUGGAGCAGAAUGGCUAUGAAACGGAACAGAUAUGGAAGGACAUUGAAGAUGUUGUCAUUAAAACACUGAUAUCAGCCCAUCCUAUCAUCAAGCAUAACUAUCUCACUUGCUUCCCCAACCACACCAUGUGGAGUGCCUGCUUUGAGAUCUUGGGAUUUGACAUUUUGCUGGAUCGAAAACUCAAACCGUGGCUGCUCGAGGUGAAUCACUCUCCAAGCUUCAGUACUGAUUCGUGGCUGGACAAAGAAGUUAAAGAUCAGCUCCUGUAUGAUACUCUGGUUCUUAUCAAUUUGGGUGCAUGCGAUAAACGGAAAGUAUUGGAGGAAGAGAAACGGCGAGGAAAGCAGAGGCGCCUUAAGCAGUGCCCCAAUCGGGAAUCCAGGGCUGAGGAAUACAAGAACUCCCAGGCCGCUUGGCUCCAGCAAGCAGAGACAUACGAGGAAAAAAAUAUAGGAGGCUAUCGCCGAAUUUACCCCAGUUCAGAUUCAGACAAAUACGACAAGUUUUUCCAACACAAUAAUUCAAUCUACCAGGAAACAGUAGCUUCCAGAGCACGUGAAGAGUUUGCCAGGCAGCAGCUCCAAGGGCUGCGUCUCAAGAAAGAACAGAAAGCAGCUCUGCUGAGAGAGAAAAAGGCCGAGCAGCAGGGAGAGUCGGGUGGAGAAAAGAUAAAGCUUCCCAGGCAAAAGAUGGUGAACAGAUCAAGUGUGGUGCCAGUCUCUGCCCAGCCUGAGGAUUGUUCAGAGGCUGGGCCCGGGACUACCCUCCUGCUUGAACAUUUUGCAGAUGAGAAAGAACCCAAGAAAGAAGUGACUUGUGAUUCUUCGAGCACCUCUCAGCUUCAGAACCAUGAGACAGACAGCAGCCCAAAGACCUCUGAAAACCGACCCGUGAGACCUUACAGUUCUGUGCCUGACCUUACCAGACAGACUGCACCCCGCAUCCAAGAGCAGUAUAAUUCCAAUCCAGAAUUGAGGAAUACCAUUAACAGCCACCAUUCUGCAACAGAUGUGAACUUUAUAUCUGGAGUCCAGCCAACAGAUGAGUUUGCAAAAGCGUUGUGCGGUAAGGAGAGCCCAUGUGCUUCCAAAUAUUUUCCAGCAAUGGCCCUUCCUCGUGCGAAGAGUUCGACAGUGACCAAAAUGCCUUGCUGCAGAAGUCCGCCUAUUAAGAACUUCCGUCCGUUUGAAGAACACUCCUUCCGGUUUCACGUCAGAGAAAACACAGCCUCCCCAAACUCAGUCACCCCGAGGAUGAGAACGUUCUAUGGGAACAACAAUGAAAAAGGAACCCUCUUGACCUCCGAAUUCUUCAGCAAGCUGACUUUUGCACCAAAGGAAAGAAAACUCAGACUUCCCUUGCAGCAGCACUCUCAUCACUUGGUCAGCCGAGCACAAAGCGCCUCGCUCCCAAGAGAAAUCCUGAGCUGCAGGAGCGCUUCGUACAAGAAGCCAACAAAAUACUACAACCCACACCUCAUCACACAAAGGCCGAUGGUUCAGCAGCACAGCUUGCAAGACCUGCUGGUGAUCUCACGGAUGAACAACCAGUCCCAAAAAAACAGCGACCCAGUGUUGGAAGAGAGUUCUGUAAACAGGGUCUGAGUGGAUCUUUCACAGAGAACAUGGGAUGGUUCCUGGAGCCCGAAAGAUGCUAUUUUCUAUUGAGGGGCAUACGGAACCGUUUAAACUGUUCAGCUAUAUCCUUUCCAAGUGAAUUCCUAUGCAGCCAGCCUUUCCAAGAGCUUCCAUGCAGCCUGUGAAGUUUGACUUGUAAAGAUAAUUGGGUCUUUUUUUAAAAAAAAAAAGUGGCUCUGAGAUAGUGGAAGCUCCCUGUGGAAGUAUGUGGAUGGUUGUUUGCCAACUGGAAAAUUCUCUUCCAAAAAUUUCUUUUAAAACGAGAGCUAUGUUAAGUGUCUACAGGGUUAGCAUGGCUCCCAAUCAUACCUUCAUCUUGAUCUUACAAAGGUGUGUGGAGUCCUGCAGAGAAGGACAGUAUCUCCUGCAGUGCAUUUUGCAGAUUGAAUCUUAAGGACUGAGCUUGAGGUGGCACAUGGCGUUGUGUCUGUUUCCCUUGAUGUUUUGUGGUUUUUUUGUAAUGAGCAUGUGCUUCAGAGGCUACAACUGGAAGCAGAAACACGGGAGGAAAGUAGAUACCUAAUUCUUCUCACUCCAAUCGUUUUCCCCACUAUAAAAAAUAUUCUUUCAGCUGAUUUUGCAUCUGCAAAAUCCUAUGUUUUCUCCUUAUGGGGAAAAGGCUGCUUGGAAAGGACAGUUUUGAGUAGAAAAACAGCAGAAGGGGAAAAGUCUAAGCAGUCCUUCCCCCUGCUUUCUUCUGUUCCCUAUUGCAGUUCCCAAGGAGGUAUUUUUUUUUAAUAAAAAAAAUAAUUCAGGGAGAUGUACAUGUCCUGUCUGGUUUAACUCUAAAUUCCUCGCAUUUUCCAAAGCAGUGUUACAUUAGUAAACCUAGAGACAAGUUGCAAAGAACAGACUGUUCACCAAUCUCAAUAAAGGUUUAAAAAUGACAAAGAUUUGCAUUCAAAGGGGUUUGGCUUCCCCCACUGGAAUAAAACUGAGUCCUGUACACCUCUAGAUGGUGUCUGCAACGUCUGUAGUUGUAAAUUAUUUGCUAGGGCUCCUGUGCUUUUCUCACAGUUUUCCUUGCUGUGGGUCGUAUAUCUUUGCUCCCAAUUUAAUUUACUUUCCUCGCUUCCCUGCUGCAUAGCCAUGCUCUCAGCGCUGUUUGGCGGGAGGAAGGGACAGUGAAGUUGCACUUAAACUCUCCACAGGCCCCAAAUGACUUGCAAGGCACAAAUUGGGCUGCCAUAUUCUUGGCAUGAGAUAUGGGCCUGCUCGGAAAAGAAGUGCGGUGACUGCACAGCACAGACUUCGUUCUUUGGGACAAAGUCCCUGCAGUUGCAUGUUUAUCUUACUUUAAAUGAAAGUUUAUAGUCAUGAUUACUGGGAGGCAAGGGGCUGGGGCUUCCUGGCAGGACUGAGACUUCCUGGUAGUGGCAGAAAGUGUGAUAAAACCUAUUACCACCCAGAGCAGAAGAAAACAUGGCAAUAAUGAAUGUGUGCUUUUCCAUGAAGUAAUCAGGACAUUCCACCUCUUUAUCUUGUGGGCACUGCUGCCAACCAUAUCAAAGUCGACAGGGCACUUCAAAUAUACUAAUGUAUUUAUAAUAUAAUAAUGACGGCCUGUAUCUACUACACGUCAAGUGUAGCAACCCCUUCACUUACAGUGAAGUUUACGAAAAUGUAAGCCGAAUAUCACCUGUUGGAUAUGUGUAUUCUCAGGAGAAAGUGACAACUAACUUUCUGUAUGCAGAAUGUGAGAUUUCUGCGUUCUGUUCAGUUCCACAGUAUUUGACCUCUAACCACCAUCUGUAUGAUGAUUAUUAUUAGCACUUGUCCUGUGCCCCAUAAUGCUCACUCUGUCUAUCAGACCACGCCCUACCUAAUAAAUAAUAAUUAUUCCAGUACCAGAACAGGAACAAAAUUUGCACUUUCUGCUUGAUAGACAUUGUUUAUUCUGGUUGCAGAAUUAGCCUUCUGGGCUUCUGUGGAUCAUACAUUGGCAUUUGCUUCGGCAGAAUAUGGUAAAAUAAAGUAUAUUAUAAAUCAUACGGGUGCUCUACCAACAGCAGACAGAAUAGGGGGCACUGGAAUUACCAGCCUGGCAAUCAUAAUGAGGCAGACCAUAUUUCCCAUUAGGCCAUAUCUGUGCUGCUGCAAGUUCACCAAGCAUCUGUGAGGUAGCUACCCAAAUGCAGAACAUCCUUGUUGGAUGUAGCACCCUGAAAACCUCAUCUUAAAAGCAAGUUUGUACCCCCAUGUUUGCAAAUAAAAAGACUUUGUCCCCUUUCUCCU